GCACUGGGUCCGGGACGCGCCGGCGGCGGCGACUAGACUCCGACUGCGGUGCCGUCCGCCCCACCCGUACAGUCCGGCUAUCGCGCGUCGCCCGCACACGCCACCGCCGCCAUGGGCUCCUGAGGCCAGCUUGGUGCUUACUCCAGGGCUUCUCUCGGGAGCCCCUGCUGCCAGGCACCAUGACGGUGCGGGGGGCCGCACUGGCCCCGGACCCAGCAUCGCCCACGACCGCGGCAGCCUCGCCCAGCGUCUCCGAGAUCCCCGAGGGCAGCCCCACGGCCAUGGAGCAGCCUGUGUUCCUGAUGACAACUGCAGCCCAGGCCAUCUCCGGCUUCUUUGUCUGGACGGCUCUGCUCAUCACCUGCCACCAGAUCUACAUGCACCUGCGCUGCUACAGCUGCCCCAACGAGCAGCGCUACAUCGUCCGCAUCCUCUUCAUCGUGCCCAUCUACGCCUUCGACUCCUGGCUCAGCCUCCUCUUCUUCACCAACGACCAGUACUACGUGUACUUUGGCACCGUGCGCGACUGCUAUGAGGCCCUGGUCAUCUACAAUUUCCUGAGCCUGUGUUACGAAUACCUCGGGGGAGAAAGUUCCAUCAUGUCAGAGAUCAGAGGGAAGCCCAUUGAGUCCAGCUGUGUGUAUGGCACAUGCUGUCUCUGGGGAAAGACAUACUCCAUUGGAUUCCUGCGGUUCUGCAAGCAGGCCACCCUGCAGUUCUGCGUGGUGAAGCCGCUCAUGGCUGUCAGCACCGUGGUCCUCCAGGCCUUCGGCAAGUACCGGGACGGUGACUUUGACGUUGCCAGCGGCUACCUGUACGUGACCAUCAUCUACAACGUCUCCGUCAGCCUGGCCCUCUACGCCCUCUUCCUCUUCUACUUCGCCACGCGGGAGCUGCUCAGCCCCUACAGCCCUGUCCUCAAGUUCUUCAUGGUCAAGUCUGUCAUCUUUCUCUCCUUCUGGCAAGGCAUGCUCCUGGCCAUCCUGGAGAAGUGUGGGGCCAUCCCCAAGAUCCACUCGGCCCGGGUAUCAGUGGGAGAGGGCACCGUGGCGGCUGGCUACCAGGACUUCAUCAUCUGCGUGGAGAUGUUCUUUGCAGCUCUGGCCCUGCGCCACGCUUUCACCUACAAGGUCUACGCUGACAAGAGGCUGGAUGCACAAGUGCCAACAUACGGUCCUUACGGCCGCUGCGCCCCCAUGAAGAGCAUCUCCAGCAGCCUCAAGGAGACCAUGAACCCGCACGACAUCGUGCAGGACGCCAUCCACAAUUUCUCGCCUGCCUACCAGCAGUACACGCAGCAGUCCACCCUGGAGCCUGGGCCCGCCUGGCACGGCGGCGCCCACAGCCUCUCACGCUCCCACAGCCUCAGUGGCGCCCGCGACAACGAGAAGACUCUCCUGCUCAGCUCUGACGACGAGUUCUAAGUGUGGCGGCUGCUGCUGGCAGAGGAUUGGUACCUUGGCCCAGGGCAGCGUGUGCCCCCUCCAGCCUCACGCCCCGGCCAGGAGGCAGGCUGGCACACCUUUGGCAUCGCCCUUUAAUUUAUUGGACCAGAGACUCUCACAUGUCGCUUCCAGAGGAACAGCCAGUUGCCGCCUGCCGAGGGAACACUCGGCUCACCCUCUAGCCUUCAGGAAUAUCCGUACAAGGCCCGGCUGGCAGGGCCAGGGCCAGGGCCAGGGCCAGGAGCAGAGUAUACGGCGAGCGACUCCCCUGCCUCUGCGGCUCUUCCCGCGGUGGCAGCACGGGACCAGCUGUGCCCCAGACCCAGACGCUUGUGUUGUGGACCAGCAACCACAGCCUCCUCGGCUCUGUCCCCAGGCGGUCGCCCUCCCCAGGAGACUUACAGCCCCACCCCCAACACCGUGCAAUACAGCUCUUCCCCCCCUGUGCCCUCCCUGUCGCCUUUUGUCUAAUGCCAGAUUAGCCUCAUCUGGGCAGGAGGAGGGGACACCCUGGGAACCCCCUGCUGACCCGGGCCUGCCUGGCAUGCUGCAGGGGUCAGAGCCAGGCUCUGAGAGCCACAGGUCCCGCUGGGAAGGGUGCUCAGGUUCCUCUGGGUCCCUCUUCUGGUGAUGCAGCCUCUCCCAAGUGGGGGUCCCUGAGCCCCUGGGUGUCUUCUCCAUGGCUGUUCCUCUGCCUGUCUUACGCCCCUUCCUCCUGACCUGCUGAGGACAGCCAGCAGCCCACACUGCCCCCGCUCUCCCCACACCCGGGCUCUGUCUUCUUGAGAGCACUUUUGGACAGAGCCCUCACUGCCUGGUUGCUCAGAGGGACAGGGGCUCCCGCUUCCUUCCCAGGCUGAGUGGUCAGAACCUUGGCUGGGUCCUGGUCUGUUGCUGUGGCUCCUCCCUCCCAUUUCAGGGGGGGAAUCUGAGCCUCCACCUUUCAGACCAGCCUCUGGAGGACAGUUCUGGGCGGGGCGGGCAGAGGGCUGGGGCCCGCAGCGCAGGGCCUGGCCCGGACCCACACUGGGCCUGGCGGCGUCCUCUGGUCCUCUGGUCCCCCAGCCCGUCUCUUCUGUGCCUUAGUCACAUGUGAAAGCUCCCCCUCUCUAGGCCUUCAGUGUAUCCCAGACACUCCCCGGGGCUCCCCAUAAGCUGCUGGCACUCAGGACCCUGCAGUGCUGGGCCAGGCGCCCCUGGGCCUCGGGGGGGGGGGGGCCAGGGCCACCUGCCCCCUGCCCUUGCCCUCCUCCGCACCCACACACCUGGAGCCCCCGUGUGGGCUGGGCUUGCGUUCAGUGGACACUGCUUGUUUCUGCAGGCAGAGCACCCUGUCCCCAGGUGGCACUCUGGUUAGGGCUGCAGCAGCCUGGGGGAGGGGCGGCGAGAGGGGGCCUGCUCUGCAGCUCCAGCGUCUCCUUCCUUGUGGCCACUCCUGGAGCGAACUGUGCCAAGGGUCAGUCAGGUAGGGGUUCCAUCCCAGUCGCCUUUCUGGGCUCCUGGCCCCUGUGACCGAGCCAGCCCCCUGAGGGGAACAGAGGCCUGCUCGUGGGGAACCGGAGGCCGGCUUUCGGGCCCCUGUCGGGCGAGCCCGGCCAGCCUGCCCCGAGUCGCGGGCUGGUGCAGACCACUGACAACGACUUCCGCUCCCUCCCCCGCUGUUUCCUUCCACAAACCUAUUUCUCUGAUUCUCCCUCCAGGCCAAAGUGUGCGGCCGGCUCCCUGUGCCCAGCCUCUGCCCGCCCCGGCCCGUCCCCCGGCUCGGCUCCGCGCAGGGAGCCAGCGGCCCCUUGGGGAGACGGGCCUGGGAGCACGCCUGACCACGCCACUCCUUCCUAGCAUUUGUAACCUACCUUGUCUUUUUUUUUUUUUUUUAAUUUUUUUCCUGAUAGAGUAGCUCUUUGUACAUAAAAAAUACUUGAAAAAUUAAUUGUAUGAUGUAUGAAAAGACAGAGUCCCCUAGUUUUGUAUCUCGUGUAUGACUGCCAUGAGUUCCACCAGAAAGUCGCUCUAUUUUGGUCUCUGUGACAUUUUAAAUGCGUGACAGAAGUGAGCAAAUAAAGUGAGAAAGAAGAAAUAU